UAAAUAAUUUUACACGCACACGCAUAUGCACGCACGCACACAUGCGCGCGCACACACGCACGCACACACACACACACACACACACACAAUAAACCUAAUUUCAAUAAACCUAGUUCACAAUAAACCUAGUUUCAUUAAAUUUAAUGAAAUUUUAAUGAGUAUGCAACAAAACUUUAAUAAUAUUUAGCAGAAAAAAUUAUUUUCUGCGUUUAAUAAAAAUAACAAUAAAUUUGAAAAAUGCAUUCUGUAAUAGCAUAUUAACGAUAUUUUUUUGUAAUAAUUUUUAAAUAAUUUUAACAAACUGUUAUAUUAAUUAAAAAAUAAAGUCCGUUAUAAUGAACGUUUAAUAAUUUCCGUGCAAAUUGUGUUCUAUGUAAUAUAAGGCAAUUAAAACGAACGGAAUAAAUUGCGGAAAUCUAGUAAAUUUUGUCUUCCGCGGUUCCGCGUUUCUGCAUUUCAUGUAACGGCAUCCUUACACUCCCUCCUAUUAUUCUUUCCUUCAUGGCGGCAAUAAAGUCACAUGACCAUCUUGUGACUUUGCGUCAGAAAAGAUAAUAUUAAAUUUUGUUCAAUUUGUGUAGACAAAUCAUACCGGAAGUAACGUCGUUCGAAGUAACACAGACUGGUUUUGAUCGCUUUAUAUGCAGUAAAAUUUGAGGAUCGUAAAACUGAUUUUUGGGAUUCUUGGUCCAGUGAUUCGAAAACAAAGAUGCCGCCAAAUAUUUCAAGCGUACAACCAAAAAUAGUUACGGAGAAAAAUUUUCAGAAAGAUGAAGCUUUGCCUGCGCAAAACAGAAGUGAAAUUUAUACCAAAGGCUGGUUCAAAACAGAGCCGAAAUGGAUUAAUAUUAUAGCUAUUACUUUUCUUCAUUUAUUCUUUGUAUAUGUUUGUUUGACUUUUAAAUUUCUCGAAAACUUGAAGACAACUUUAUGGAUAUUUAUUGUGUACGCAAUAGGAGGAUUAGGUAUUACUGCCGGUGCUCAUCGUUUGUGGACCCACCGAUCUUACAAAGCUAAAAGGCCUUUUAGAAUUCUACUUCUGCUUUUCUAUACUUCAGCGGGUUUGAAUAACCUUUACGAAUGGGUGCGAGAUCAUCGGGUGCACCAUAAAUAUACAGACACAGACGCGGAUCCGCACAACAGUACUCGAGGUUUCUUUUUCUCUCACGUUGGUUGGCUGAUGACGAAGAAACAUUCGGAAGUGAUUCAAAAAGGUCGUCAGAUCGAUAUGAGCGAUGUAUUAGCUGAUCCUAUUGCCGCAUUUGGCAUCAAAUAUUUUUGGAUACUUAAUUUUAUUUUCUCUUUCCUGCUCCCGGUGAUAGUGCCUGUAUAUGGAUGGAAUGAGACUUGGUAUAGAGCCUUUGUAUCACAGAUUAUUAUUCGUUAUGUCAUUGUUUUGAAUGUCACAUGGAGCGUCAAUAGUGCGGCUCAUAUCUGGGGCUCAAGACCAUUCGAUGUACACAUCAACCCGACAGAGAACCUAUGGGUCAGCUUAGUAACGGCCGGUGAAGGAUGGCAUAAUUAUCAUCAUGUUUUCCCAUGGGACUACAAGGCUUCGGAAUUAAGAUAUUCCAAUUAUUACACUACACAGUUCAUCGAUUUGUUUGCGAAAAUUGGAUGGGCAUACGAUCUCAAACAACCAUCGGAGGAAAUCGUGAAGACUACUGCGAUGAAAAAUGGUGACGGAAGCCAUUAUUUGUGGGGUGCGGUAUCAUAUCCAGACAAUAAAAUUGAAUAAUAAAAAUAA